CUGGACUCACGCCAGGAGCUAGGGUCGGGCAGUUUUACCCUCAAAAAGCAGCAGAGAGCUCUAUGUGUCUUGGGAGAGCAGUGCUGAUGUUCCUCUGUCUGGGAACAGGUUUCUCCAAAGCACGGGGAGGGAUGAUGGAGCGAGGCCGGGCGCAGCCAAAGGCUCCUCUGGCACGGGCCCUCAUGGGACGUGGGACCCCAUGGCUCCUCCGGCAUGGGGCAGCCAGGACCUCGCACCGCUGGGUGGCCUCACCUGGAUUUUGGGGCAGGUGGGGCUGAGCUCCUCGCCGCAGCCCCACGCAGGAGCUCUCCCUCCCACGCACCGCCUCGCCGGCCAGCCGAAGCCCCGUUUCCAGAGCAGCCCACCUACCCGGUGGUUAGCGGAGUCACGCGGCCGUGGCACUUAAUUAACGGGGAGCUGAUAUAAAUUCCCGUAAGCAUGUGGGGAGGACGUCGAGGCGGAGAGCCGCGCUCCCAGCGAGCCCGGCGGAGCAGCGCGCUCGGAGCCCCACUGUGCCCGGAGGUCACCCCAGGACCAUGCUGAACGUGCUGCUGCUGUGCUACGGGCUGCUGCAGGGCAUCCAGGCCAUCCUCACCUCGGACCUCAGCCAUGGCCACCUGCAGAAGAUGAGCGCCGGGCUGUACGGGGCAGACAGAGCCCGCUACUCCAGCCUGCUGCGUAAAGUCAAGGAGGUGGCGGUGGAGCCUGCAGGAGCUCUUCCCAGGCCAGAGUUUGAUCAGAUGGCCCUGGAGGUCCAAGAAGCUGAUGGUGACCUCCUGCAGAAAAGCAGUGCGCUGGAACCGCAGGCGUCAUCCACAGCCCUGCAGGCUCCGGGCCGAGAAGAGCGUUCUCCCCGCCGGUGCGUCCGCCUCCUGGAGUCCUGCCUGGGCCACCAGAUCCCCUGCUGCGACCCCUGUGCCACCUGCUACUGCCGCUUCUUCAACGCUUUCUGCUACUGCAGGAAGAUCAGCACCAAUUUCCCAUGUGGCAAGAACUAGUGCCACAGGGC